CCCGUCCAAGGUUGAGAAGUCAUGGCUUACCACAGCUUUCUGCUUGAGCCCAUCAGCUGCCACUCCUGGAACAAGGACAGAACCCAACUGGCGAUCUGCCCCAACAACCACGAAGUGCACAUCUACCGGAAAGAAGGGGCCAAAUGGACCAAGGCCCAUGAGCUGAAGGAACACAAUGGGCAGGUGACAGGCAUUGACUGGGCCCCGGAGAGCAACCGCCUCGUGACCUGUGGCACGGACCGUAACGCCUACGUCUGGACCCUGAAGGGCAACGUCUGGAAGCCCACCCUGGUCAUCCUGCGGAUCAAUCGGGCUGCCCGCUGCGUGAAGUGGUCUCCGAAGGAGAACAAGUUUGCGGUGGGGAGUGGCUCCAGGCUCAUUUCCAUCUGCUACUUUGAACAAGAGAAUGACUGGUGGGUUUGCAAGCAUAUCAAGAAACCCAUCCGAUCCACCAUCCUCACCCUGGACUGGCACCCCAACAAUGUCCUGCUGGCAGCCGGAUCCUGCGAUUUCAAAUGCAGGAUCUUCUCUGCCUACAUCAAGGAGGUCGAGGAGCGUCCGUCCCCGACUCCCUGGGGCUCCAAGAUGCCCUUUGGGGAGCUAAUGUUCGAGUCGAGCAGCAGCUGCGGUUGGGUCCACAGUGUCUCCUUCUCCGAGAGCGGCAACCACGUGGCAUGGGUGGGCCAUGACAGCACCAUCUGCCUCGCCGACGCCAACAAGAAAAUGGCCGUGGCUUCACUUUCCACGGAGACACUUCCCCUCCUGGCCGUGACCUUCAUCACCGAGAACAGCCUGGUGGCCGCGGGCCACGACUGCUGCCCCGUGCUGUUCACUUACGAUGGCCAGCAGGGUGCCCUGAGUUUCGAGGGGAAGCUGGACAUCCCCAAGCAAAGCUCCCAGCGGGGCCUGACGGCUCGCGAGCGCUUCCAGAACCUGGACAAGAAGGCCAGCUCCGACACCGAGAGCAGCCUGGACACGCUGCACAAGAACAGCAUCAGCCAAAUAUCCGUGAUUGCCGGCGGGAAAGGCAGCUGCUCCAAGUUCUGCACCACGGGGAUGGACGGAGGGCUGAGCAUCUGGGACGUCAAGAGUCUGGAGUCCGCCAUGAAAGGCCUGCGCAUCAAGUAA